UUCCCGCAUUUUUCGAAGUUGUCAGUGGUUUGUCAUCAUGAGCAAAGGGAAGGAUGCAGGAGCUGUGAAGGCUAUACUGGCAUACUUGAACAGACAGAAUCGGCCUUACAGUGCCAUUGAUAUCUUCAAUAAUCUGCACAAGGAAUUUGGGAAAACUGCUGUAGUCAAGGGUUGCGAGUCCUUGGCACAGGAUGGUAAAAUCCGAGAAAAGACAUACGGCAAACAGAAAGUUUACGUGGCUGAUCAGAGCCAGUUUGCUGAUGUGGAUGAGUCUGAGAUUCAGUCUAUGGACAAGAGAGUUGCUGAAAUGACAGAGGAGCUAAGGACUAACAUGGCUGACAUCCACAAGGCAGAAACAGAGUUGAAGUCCUUAACAAGUUCCUUGACAACAGCAGAAGCUGAGAGACUGCUUGGAGAAGUCACCCAAAGUUGCCACUCCCUAAAAUCAAAAUUGGCAAGUUUGAAGGAAGGGCAGGUUUUGAUAUCCAAAGAAGACAAAGACAAGAUAUACCAUGAGAGAGCCAAGUUUGUGAAGGAGUGGAGGAAACGAAAGAGAAUGUCCAAUGACAUUCUGGGUGCCAUUUUGGAGGGAUACCCAAAGACGAAAAAACAGCUGUAUGAAGACAUAGGUGUGGAGACAGAUGAAGACUACAAAGUGACCCCACCUGAGCUAUGACCUCACUGCAGGGUCUUCACGUGUAUAGGAAUACAGCCUGUGACCAGGUCAUCACAGCCAGCGUGUGGUAGCUUACCUCACUGCUCCGUGUUGCAAAUGUCUAUAAUUUCAGACAUAAACAAGAGGUUCAGCAACACCCUGCAGGAAGGCUCCACUGUGUUAUCAGCACAGUGUGUUUUGGCUUUGAGAAAUGCUCCACAAAUUAGAAACCACUACUACUGAAUAAACAGGAUAGAAAAUUGCUGAUCUGGAAGAAGAAAGCGACGCGGAUAUUGGGACUGAACACCGCAUUCUGUUCAAACCACUAAAGUAUGAAGUGCUAGAGAAGUUACACUGGAUUACAGAUAAAUAAGCCCAAGUUUUAUAAUGACGUUGAGCAUCGUGAUCGAGUCCUUACGACGAACAAUUUUUUCAGUGCUCGUUUUAUGUGUACAUGUACAUAUCUUUGUUGCAUAAAAUGUUAAU